AUGGGACUAGGAGUGUCAGAUACAACGGAUGUGCAUGUGCCAGGAACAUCAGACAUCUUUCAAACGCAGUGCUCCUAUGAUGGUCAACUACCUGAUCCUAGACUGAAGUAUGACCGCACAUCUUCGAUACCAAUACUUCUUGUUCCACAACCCAGCGAUGAUCCCAAUGAUCCAUUGAAUUGGCCACUGUGGAAGCGCGAUUGCAUUCUGUUCGCUCUCUGCUUUGUCUCCGUCCUGUGCGCAACAACAAGUUCACUAAUGGCGGCCAAUACUGUAACCAUUGCCCUAUACUUUGAAAAGAAUUUUACAUCGGUCGCCCUUCUUACAGGAUACCAUCUUUGCGGUGUGGGGGUUGCAGGGAUCCUCAUUGUGCCUACCGCACGCGUCUGGGGCAAGCGCCAUCUGUUUCUAUUCUGUGCCUGGGCAGGGGCCAGUAAGCAUAAUCACCAGAGCCUUCUUUGGGCGCGGAUCUUUCAAGGUGUUGCGCUGGCACCCUUCGAAGCUUUGGUCAAUGCCUGUGUCGGGGACCUAUUCCACGUUCAUGAGCGGGGCAAGAGGAUGGCACUGUCCAACGUUGCCUUGUUCGGGGCUGCUUUCCUCACACCUGUCCUAGCUGGCAAAAUCACCCAUAGUCUGGGCUGGGAAUGGACAUUCUAUCUGGUGUCGAUUUUCACGGCGGCAGCACUUCCUCUUACCUUCUUUUGCGUCCCUGAAACUGCAUUUCGGCGCCCGAGCGAGCUGGGCAUGGAAACAGUCUAUGUACAUGGCCGCCGCUCGGAGACUGUUGAAAGCCCGCUACCACAAGUCGAUCCUGCCGGCGAUGAUGCUAUCCAAGUACGUCGCGAGGUAGGCGGACCAGUGCAACAUGCACAUUCUACCACAGGAAGACAUAGAAGAAGUUCCACGUCCAAAGAAAUACCUCGAGAUGUUUCAGCUGAGACUGAGCCCCCCGCCAAGGUUCCCUAUCUGCAGACUCUCAAACCCUUCAAUGGCCGGAAAACCGACGAAAGCUUCUACAAGCUUCUUCUGCGUCCAUUUUCCCUAUUUUUCCACCCAGCCAGUCUCUGGGCAUGUCUGAUCCAGGGCGUCAUUAUCGGAUGGACUGUCUUCAUUGGCGUGGUCCUGGCGGCCAUCUUCCUCGGUCCUCCACUGUGGUUUAACGAAGUGCAGACGGGUUAUCUCUACACUGGUGCAUUCAUUGGAUCCAUUCUGGGUCUGGUGAUCUCGGGUCUAUUGUCCGAUUGGAUGAACCAGAUUGUGAUCAAAUUCAACCGAGGACGAUACGAACCCGAGUUCCGGAUUCUCCUGGUCAUCUUCCAGCUGAUAUUCAGCGGGGCCGGGCUGUUUGGCUUCGGCCUCGUUGCUGAGGAUAUUGCAAGCUACGGCUGGCUCGUAGCGGACGCCUUUUUCGCGUUAGUCAUCAUCGGGAUGGUGAUGGGCGCGGUGUCCAGCGCCCUGUACAUUGUGGAUGCACAUCGAAACAUUGCCAUUGAAUCGUUCACCUGCAUGUUGGUGUUCAAGAACCUGUUCAGUUUUGUGCUGACUUUUUUCGCCUACGAUUGGCUAUUAAAAAAUGGGAUCCGGCCAGCGUUCUUGGCGAUUGGCAGCAUUCAAAUGGCUAUUUGUGCUCUCAGUGUUUCUAUGUAUUUGUUCGGCAAGUGGAACCGCUUUUUCUUUCACCAACACGAUAUACUGAAGAUCUUGCAUCUGUGGUAAUCUCAUGAAACGGCACGACUUUCCUCGGGACGGACACGGUACAGGUCUUGUCAUUCUCAACUCAUAAUAGCACAUUAGGAGACAAAUUGCCUCCAACAAUUAGACCAGCAGGAAAAACCUGACACUCCGAAGACAGCGCCAGCGCCAGACGGAAA